AUGAGCAGUCCAAAGCGGAGAAUUGAGACCGAUGUAUGCGUCUCCCUGAUGGAGACUGGGGCAAGACGUUGGAGCUAACAACGGGACAGGUCAUGAAGAUGCUCAUGAGUGAUUAUGAGGUGACCCUGGUCAACGACAACAGUUCGUCUCCCACGGCUUCUAUUCUGGCCAUGUGUUCACAGUAUGCUGACUGACAUGUCUUGACAGUGUUCGUCAACACCGCCGGCCUGGUCUCAUCCGAUGGAGGGAUUGAACUGCACUGACAUCAUUCUAGGCAGGAGUUUUACGUGAGGUUCAAGGGACCUGAGGAGAGUACGUACUCUCCCACCCUGAAUUCAGUUGCACAUUGCUGACAUGAGUCUCAGCUCCCUUCCAAGGCGGUCUCUGGAAGAUCCACGUCGAACUACCCGAUCAAUACCCAUACAAGAGUCCCAGCAUCGGCUUCGUGAACCGCAUCUUCCAUCCGAACAUCGAUGAAUUAUCGGGCAGCGUCUGUCUCGACGUCAUCAACCAAACCUGGUCUCCCAUGUACGAUAUGAUCAACAUCUUCGAGGUCUUCCUCCCACAGCUGCUCCGCUAUCCCAACCCCACGGAUCCGCUGAAUGGUGAGGCUGCUGCGCUCAUGAUGAGGGAUGAGAAGGGCUACAAUGCCAAGGUCAAGGGUGAGUGGCGUCAAAGAGCGUAGAGCGUCGUGGAUGAAAGCUGACUUGAAUGUCAGAGUACGUGCAGAAAUACGCAUCCAAGGAGAGCGUAGAUGACGCCGGCGACAACUCGAACGACAGUGACGAGAUGAGCAGCGUGGGCAGCUUCGAUGAAGACGAAGAGGACGAGGAACCGGCGGGCACCAUGGACGAGGUAUAA